CCUGCCUGUCAGCAACCAGCGGAAGAGUCGUGUUUUUCAUUUUCAGCUCUGGUAGGUAUUUCAGGUGGAGGUUUAUUAGUGGAAUUGAAUCGUAUGAAAAUAUUAUGUACGGAGAAAAUGAGCCGCAUGGACGAAGAGGCCAGUAGCUUGAAAGAGCAGUUCGCCGAAGUCAUCGAGAAGACGGUGAAAGUCACUUCCGAUGCGUUAUUGAACACCUUUUCAGACUUUAUGGUGUACGAGUUAUCUAUCUAUGAGAAAAAGAAACGCAGGGACUCUCGGGGGGCGUUGAAAGAGGUUGGUCGCUUCGAGCCCUAUUUUGUCUCGAUUGUCGAAGAUAUGGUGAAGGCGGCGAUGGAGGUGGUCGUGUCGUACUGCAGUGACUUUGUGGAGCGGCGGAAUGCUGAGUUGCAGAUGGCCAUGGCUGAGAUCGGAAACUUGAAGACGCAGCUCGAGACCCGCGUUAGCGAACCGGAGCCGUCACAUGAGGACGUGCCUGACACCCCCGUUGCCCCCGUGUCCUCCGGGCUUAGUGGGAAGUGGGAAGAAACUGCAGAAUCGGGCUUAACGAUCGUGACCGUCGGCGAUGCAUUGUCGCCUAGAGUGGAAGAGUGCGACCAGCCGGUUUGCAAGCCGGGGAAGACUAGGAAAGUGCGCGUUGCACGAAGCCCCAAACAGGGAGUGUUCAUGUCUGGAAAGAUUACAGCAAUACGGGAAUUUUUAAGAAACAGAAUCUAUCCCGAAGGAUACAGCAAAGCCCAGAGGCAAAAUCUGAGACGCCUAGCAUCUGCAUUUUCUAUUGAAGAAGAUGGGCAGCUGUACCGGACAGUCCGAAAUCGAAAACAACAAGUACUCAAUGAAGAGGAGGCUUUGGAAGUAUUUAAAAAGUAUCAUCAUUCUUCCACGGACCGUCACAAAGGAAUUGUUAAAACGAGAGACGCAAUUGCAGCAAGUUUUUAUUGGCCCCGUAUGACCAUUGAUAUUGAGGAGUGGGUGGAAAGGUGCGCACAUUGUCAGAAACCUGGGAAAUUAAACAGUUGUGGCCAAGAGCUUCAAAGCAUUAAAGCUUUUUAAUCACUUCCCACCACAGUUGUGAACUUCGCUGAGGCAGAUUUGUGCAGCACUCUGGUCCAGCGUAAUGUACAUGAAGAGUGGGUCUACGCAUGUCCCAUUCCUAAUCUCUUUUCAAGAGAUGUUUCAUAUUUUUGGAUUAACAAGAGGAAUCUCUACUGGUGCUUUUUUAUUUAUGAAAGGUUUUAUAUAUUUUACUUAUGUAUUUUGAAAUGAGAAAAUGAGAGCAGUAAUGUUAAGGGUCAUAAUUUGUCAAUAGUGUUUUUUAUAAUAGGCGAAACAGUGUCUGUAGGUAAGUGUUUGUCUCAUAUUUUUGAUAAGAAAAAUCAGUCACUGUUUGCUUGUACAUUUGUAAAAAUGUAAAAUAUUGUAAAUAUUAAAAUGUAUAUGUAGCAUUUUUUAAUGUACAUGACUUUAAUGACCAUUUACUCGGAUGUUUUGCAAAGUUGCGUAUUGUAGCACAAUGCAAUUACUAGCUGUGGAGCCUGUCCUUGUAUCUAUAAACUGGUGUCUCAUGUUAGGACGGCUCCUGCCUUGUGCCCACUGCAGCCGACACACUCAGCUUUACCGUAACUGACUUAAGUCAUUUCAGGAAGUGCUCGAUCAGCUGCUGGCUUGCUGCUGCCGCCGUGCCAUGUGAUCUGCGUCUCGUGUAGUGCUUUGAACAUUUAAAAGCCUGUACAGCAGCUGUCCU